CAAGUUUUAUAUCCUACAUGUAUUACACUGCAUUCAUAUUAACAGUCGUGCUGAACUUUAUUAAUUGAGCGGAAGUGCUGGUGUUAUUGAAAAGUGGGCUCCUGAUUUCUGUGCCGGUGUGUGACUCCGCCCACACAUUCCUGAGCGUCUGGGCUGUGAGGAGGAGCAGCAGGAGGAAAGAAAAAGAAAGACAGGCUGCUGGAGGCUGUCUGUGGACCCCUGAACCAAAGAGGAGAUGAUACACAACAACAACAUCAACAAGUCUCAGCUUCACUCUGACUGCUGCAGCUUUCUGACAUAACCUCACAUUUAUCCAAAGCACCCGGACGGGUUGUGCUUUUCCUCCACAAGUUGUUGGGAACUUUUUUUUUUCUUUUGCUGGGAGUUUGUUUUCCAGUCUGACUGCGCUGCUUCAAACAGCCCAGCUGUGUUUCGCUGUUUCUCCGGACGGCAAAAUAAAGCGACAACAAGCCAUCCACAAGGCCACAGAGACAGUCUGUGUGGAGGAAAUCAUGGAGAUCCUGGAUAGUAGUGAAUCGUUUCUACACUGGGACAGGAACCUCAGCGAGCUGUCUGAGGCCGGGGAAAUCGAUUCUGUGCUGUACACCAAUCACUUCUCCGAGCUCCUGGACGACCUCUCCCAGGAUGCUUUGCUGGGCCAGCUGCUCAGCGACCCGUUCCUGUCUGGAGUGAGGGGCGGCGUUGAAGCCAUGGAGGGGGAGGACAUCGGCGACUUGUCCCCGUCUUCCCCUCUUCCCCCUCACAUCACGGCCGAGCACAGCUACUCGCUGUGCGGCGACAGUCGACCACAGUCGCCCCUGUCGCACCUGACCGGAGAGCAUGGCAGCGAAGCAGCAGAGUCCGAUGGGGAUUCAGCCGAGUGGCCCAUGGAGCAGGACGAGGCCAUUGACAGCCUCCUGUGUGAGACUCCUUCCCUCCUCCCCACGCUCUCCCUCUCGCUGGCCUCGGGGCCCCAAGCACCCGAGGCCCCUGCUGCUGCUGCCACUCCGGCUCAGACGACGGUCAACAGCCUCAACCAGAGCAAAGGUGUCAAGAUUAAGGAGGAGAACAUCAUCCCGCAGAUUAAACUGGAACCUCAUGAAGUGGACCAGUUUCUCAAUCUUUCACCCAAAGGUGUGGAGUCGCUGCAGAUGCCUCCCACUCCUCCCAGUUCCCACGGCAGCGACUCGGAGGGCAGCCAGAGCCCCGUCCACGCCCCGCCCAGCCUGUCCUGCCCCACCUCCCCCACCAGCCCUGCUCCAGCCCAGGCCAGCCUGAAGGUGUCCCCUCGUGCUGCCUCCUGCCUGUCCAACUCCCCUCUGCUCACCGCUCCUCAUAAGCUGCAGGGGUCGGGCCCGCUGAUCCUGACCGAGGAGGAGCGCCGCACGCUGGUGGCUGAAGGUUACCCAGUGCCCACCAAACUGCCGCUCACCAAAGCCGAGGAGAAGGCGCUGAAGAAGAUCCGCAGGAAGAUCAAAAAUAAGAUUUCGGCUCAGGAGAGUCGCAGAAAGAAGAAAGAGUACAUGGACACUCUGGAGAAGAAGGUGGAGACCUGCUCCAACGAAAACAACGAGCUGCGCAGGAAAGUGGAGACUCUGGAGUGUACAAACAAGUCUCUGUUACAGCAGCUGCAGUCUCUGCAGGCGGUGGUGGCAGGAAAAAUCCCCAAGUCCUGCAGGGUGGCUGGCACGCAGACAUCAUCGUGCCUAAUGGUCGUCGUGUUGUGUUUCGCUCUGUUUUUGGGCAGUUUCUACCCCAGCGGUUUGCUGCCGAGCUCCACCAUCGCUGAAACUGGCCUCGCCUCCAAACAGCUGGCUGUCAAAGAGUCGUACGCAGCCACAGUCAAGUCGAGGAAUUUGUUAUCAACCUUUGAAGACGAGCAGCCGCACUUCCUCGGUUUGGGCGGGGAAUAUCCCGAACAGCUGGAGGACACGCCUGCCGUCGUCAUGGCAGCGUGGCGUCGCUCAGAGCAGCAGAAACUGGGGGCGGAGGCCAGCGGAGUGGAAAUGCACCCACCUUUCAGGAAUAAAAACAAUGACACGCAGACAUCAAAAAACCUUCUGCUGGACCUGCACAGGUCUCUGGAGCAGAGGGCGAACGAGAGCAGGAGUAAAGUGAUAGAGCUGGAGCGAACGGUAAACGAGACCUCCUGAGGUUCAGGUCUGCACCCCGUCCCCACCUCACCUAAACCUCUUUGAUGACCUUUGACCCCCCCCUCUCUGGAGCAUGGUUCAGUGUCCUGGAGCAAACCUCAUACAGUAGUUCCCACUGCUGAUUGUUUUCUGCCAUCUCUGCUUAAUCAGAUACACUGUAAUAAUAAUAAUAAUGGUAAUAAUAAUAAUAAUAAUAAUGAGUCAUAAUAACAAUAAUGAUAGCAAAGGGGCACUGGUUGCCUUAAUUUCUGAAGUAAAGUUGCACUGAAUAAUUUUGACACGAGUCAGCUCACCAGUUGUAUCUGGUCAGGUAAGACACCUGACCCAGCUCGAAACACUGUUAAAAAAAGAAAUCUGAUCAUUUCAAACAGAUGUAGUGAAUAAGGUCAGGUGACAUUUAUUCCAGUGGAAAGUAUAUUAAAAUAUGACAUGUGAGGCUUUUUACAGGACACUGAUGCAGAACCUUUGUAUUUAUAGAAACCAUUUUUAAAAAGAUAAUUGCUCUUUGUAGUUGUAUUUCUUUUAAUAUUAAAUGUUUUUAUGUUCCAUUCCAGUGAUGCAUACAUCUGAUUUUGAUACUUCUGUUCAUAUUGUAUUUUGUGUUUUUAUUUUGUUGUACUUUUUUUAUAUAUUGUUAAUAUUUUCUUCAUUUAGCUCGAGGUUCCUGCACUCAUUUGGAAAAUCUGCUAACUUUCAAGAUUUUACAAAGUUCAUAGAUUGGUUGCAAAAGAAUGAGAAUCGUGUAGUUUUGAUGGAAACAGUGCAGAGCAACUGAUCUCUUUUGGCUGAAGACUGAAUGUCACAAAUAUUAAGACACCUGUAAACACCAUAUUCAGGAUGUUUACAGGUGAGCUGAUCAGUCUGCAGCUGCAGCAACACUGAGAGCUGCCACUUUUUCACAAUGGACGCUGACUGAAAUUUGAAAUUUUAUAAAGGUGCUCUAAAAGCAAAAAGUGAACUUCUUCACAAAUGUUGAUUUCUGACACGUGAGGACCCUAUCAAACUACACCUCAAAAUAACUAUAAUGUUUCCCAUAUGAAGCUGCUGCAGCUACAGGGGGAAACCGUUAGCCUAACUCUCUCUAAAGGAAGAAAAAACACCUACCAGCAUUAAUAAAAUUAACUAAUGAGAUGUUACAUAUUAAUUACUGAGCUUUAGAGAUGCUGGUGGACAGAUUGUAUUACCUUAGACAGAUUCAGACUGGUUUGUUUCUCAUUUCCAGUCUUUGAGUUAAGCUAAACUAACCGCAUGCUAGCAGUUAGCUUCACAUUUGGGGUUUAGACUUAAGAGUCAAUCUUCUCACCGAAGUCUUGGCACGAAAGUGACUAAGCACAUUUCUCCAAAUGCAAAACUUGAUCUUCUGAAAUGUGUGAAGGAACCUGAGAAUAAACUUGCUGAGCUAACUUUUGUUUUUGACCUGUAAUUCCUGCAGUUCUUUUGCCUUAAACACUUUCACUGUCACAUCAAGAGUUUUUUUUUAUCUGCAACCUCUCAGCAUUUGCCAAAAAACUUUCUUCUCAAGAAAUGAAAAAAAAAAUUCUAUUUUUGUAAAUACAAGUUGUUAAUAAAUAAGGAAGUAUAAAUCUGUCUGGGAUCUGCAGUUUAUAAACCAAUUCAUAAUUCAUUUCAAGUCUAUUUUGAAUUCUAUGUUAAAUUAUGAACAUGAGGUGCCUUCACUUCGCAAUUUGCCCUGACUUUCUGUUGGGUUUGUUGAUAACUGAUCAUGGCUUUAAAAGUCUUAUUUGUCCAUUUGGACUGUAUAACUGAUGGGUUUUUAAACUUCUGAGCUUUACUGAAACAUGUUUUUUUUUCAUGUUUGUUACAGACCUCCACGUUGUAAAUAGAAACAACCUGUGUCUUAAAAACUCACUCUCAUGCAGAGAAGAUCUUUAUUCACAUGAAACAAUAUUCAGAACUGAAGUUAAUUAAGCCCAGAAACAUAAGAAAUUGUGCUUUACAAACUGAGGAUGUCUCAAAUCAACAGAAGUAGAUCCUAGUCCUGUUUGGAGACUAGACAACAAGAUUUGUAUAUCUAAGACUCACAUUUUAAGCUUUGUAGGUCAAUGGCUGGAUCGUCAAAGAUUUAUUGUUAAAACUGUAUGUGCUGUAGUCAUGAUACAAUGAUGAUCGUCUCUGUUCCAAGGUAUCCAAGACUGCAUUCAUCACUGUUGAGUCUGCAGUGGUUCUACAGGAGAGACUGUAGGAAAGACAAGAUGAACAUACUCUUUAUUUGUUGAAAUUGUUAUGGAAAGUUCUCCUCGAGUCGGGACUGAAACUAAGCAGCCAAUGGAGAGCGUUUUCCCCAAUCGGAUUUCAUGUCCAUGUUGCUCCUGUGCAAAGCCACCCUGGCUUAGGCUUUCUUUUCUUUUCUUUCCGCUUUCAAACGAAUAAAGUAUUUUCCGUAGUAAAAGCAUAUCACCUGU